CUGACGUAUCGCAGAGCAAGCAGUUCUGUCAACAGGUGCCCCCAGCCAGCUGUAUAAAGAGGGCUCCGCGAGGUGCAGCGUUUUCAUUUCAGCACCAUGGAGAGCUACCGGCUGCUCGCUUUGCUGAGCGCCGCGGUGCUGCUGCUGGUGGGCGUCAAAGGGCAGGAGGAGCCGGAGCUCCAGCCGCGAGGCUUGGACAUCUACUCCACGAUGGAGGACACUUCUCACGAGAAGGAGCUGAUCGAGGCGCUGCAGGAAGUUCUGGAGAAGCUGAAAAGCAAGCGGCUCCCGCAUUACGAGAAGAAGUAUGGCCAAGUCCCCAUGUGCGAUGCUGGAGAGCAGUGUGCCGUGCGGAAAGGAUCCAGGAUCGGAAAGCUGUGUGACUGCCCCAGAGGAACAUCUUGUAACACUUUUCUCUUGAAGUGCUUGUAAAGAAAUGCCCCUCCCUCAACCAUUGGAGAACAGAGAAAGAUCCAGUUUUGCCUUGCCUGAAGGAUCAUACCUGUGACACCGAGGCGGGUGGGGUGGGGUGGAGUAUCCAUCACACACACACACAGGAAAAAAGGAGACAGUUCUAUUUAACUGUUGCCAGUGCAUUACCUUUUAGGAUGUCUGACAUUUUUCUGUGCCGCCAUUUCUUCUCCAUCUUGCCGUUUGAUUUUCUUCCCUGUGUCCAUCUUCGUUCUUCCCAUGCCUCUGUAUCUCUGUGCAAAGAAGCUCAAAUGAUAUUUUGAAAUUAGUAUUUUUGUAUGUGGAAUAUCCUCAUGACAACUAGAUCUAGGGAGCGUCCGUUAACCUGUCUACCUUCUUUGCAGCCGAUGGCCCGAGAGACAGGACACGUCGGAGGUUGCAACACAUAAACAAUAAACAGGACAGUGUCUGUUAAUACCUUUUUCAUUAAAGCGCACCAAGGAAAAUGUGUAUAUGAGCAGUAAGUAAACAAAGGCAUCAUUCCAAAGCACCCUGUGGGCCAGUCCUUUUGUCUCUGUUUGGUAACACCUUCACCCCAUGCCUGCACCUUUUUUGGUGGGCAGCCAAAUUCUUGAAUAAAAUAAAAUAAAAAGCAAUGGAAGCUAAUUGCAUACUGCAUGCUAGGAUUCUAGGUGCAAUUAGAAACUAGGAAUGAUUUUUCUUGACCAAGUGUGCAAUGGAUCACCCUGUGAUGUUGCCAUUUCAAAGGGCAAGUGUAUGUAAUAGUAACUGCAUUGCAAACAUGUCACUAUGGUGACUUCAUGUUAAACAACAUCAGCAAGUGACUCUGUAUGGAUUAGCCACCCAUGUUAUUUCAUGUUUGCUUCUUCGAUACUAAAUUCACGUGGUAUGAAAACAGUCCUACGUUGAAAACCGUGUACGGUUGAUCUGCAGCAGGCUUCAAAAUCUGAAAUAAUUGGAAGAAAUGCUUAAUAUGUACCCAAAUUAGGUUUUGGAGGAGCCACAAGGGAAAAGAGAGGAAUAUUGCUCAAAUCUUCCUCUGUAUAAACUCCAGUUGUUGGGUCUUCCUUUCUCAACAGUGAAAAAGCAUACAGGUUCAAGGAGAACAAGGGUCUUCUUCAAAUUGACCAAAAUGUCUAGGCUUUUACCAACAGUUUUACUUGUAAGAAAG